GGACAUGCAACUCCCUCCAAUGACUAGAGUCUUUUCUGAUGGCUGAUGAAUUGCAAUUUAUUUUUUUGUCUUUUUUUUUAUAACAAUCAAAUAAAUAAAAUUCGUGGAAAGAAAUAAUAUGUCGAAAUAAGAUUAGUGAGAAUAAAUAAUUGUCCUCUGAAAUCAGUAAAUUAUUGAAAAGGAAACAUCAUUUAGUACCUACCCCAUGUGAUUUUGUCCGAAGACCAUAAACCUCAUCAAGUCAAUUUCACUCUCCACACAAACCAAACGCUUCUGCUUGAGAAAACCCAGAGACUACAUUGCAAAUUGCGAACCCUUUCCUCACCCAUCACCUUUCUUUCUUUGUUCUGACUUCUGAUCCCAUCUGAUCUGCUUCACUUGAGAUUUAACCAUGGCUGAAAAACUUUAUGGUGGACCUUACCUCUCUCCCUUGGUUAAUACUGUUUUGGACAACAUGUCUUCAAUACUUGAAGAUGACUCUGUCCUCUAUGGAAACGACUCUUCCCUGGAGUUGCUUGGAAGGUUGCAGAAUUGUCUGUAUGAUGUUGGACCUGUUCUUGAUGAUGCUGAGCUGAAGCAGUUCACUGACAAGAGAGUCAAGAAGUGGCUUCUUGAUCUCCAAGAUGCUCUCUAUUUCGCUGAUGACUUGCUCGACGAACUCUCAACUAAAGCCGCCAUUGAUGCCACUCAAAGGGAACCAGGUAACUCUUCCUCCUGGUCUCGUCUGGUUGAUUCAUAUAUUGAAGAUAGUGGUGACUUGGAAAAAAUAGUUCGAAGACUAGAGUCUGUUGUAGCAGGCAAAAAUUAUCUUCGUCUGAAGGAGAGUGCCAAAGUGGACAUGUCAUGGAGAAUUCCAUCCACAUGUCUUGUUGAACCAUCGGAGAUAUGUGGCAGGAAAGAAGACAAGGAGGCCAUACUGAAACUGUUGUUGGAUGAUGAUGAUGCUGCUGAUGGUGAUUUAUCUGUCAUUCCCAUUGUGGGCAUGGGCGGAAUAGGAAAGACUACUUUGGCCCAAUUGCUUUACAAUGACGAUAAAAUGAAAGGGAAUUUUGAUUUUCGAGGUUGGGUUUGUGUGUCCGAAGAGUUUGAUGUCACUAAGGUCACCAAGACUAUAAUUGAGGCAAUAACAAAGAGUCCUUGUAACUUGAAUGAUUUGAAUUUACUUCAACAGGAAUUAAAAGAAAAAUUGUCAACGCGGAAAUUCUUUGUUGUCUUGGAUGACGCAUGGAAUGAGGAUUAUGAAGAUUGGAAUAGGCUUCUAAAACCUUUUCAGAAUGGGGUUAAGGGGAGUAAAAUUCUCAUAACCACUAGAAGUAAAAAUGUGGCUUCUGUGGUGCAAACUGUUUCACCUCAUGAACUAAGUUUAUUGUCUGAAGAAGAUUGUUGGUCAGUGUUUUCAAAACAUGCACGCCUUUCCACUGACUCCAUAGAAAAUCCAACUCUGAAAAAAGUUGGUAAAGAUAUUGUAAAGAAGUGUGAUGGAUUGCCCUUGGCAGCUCAAGCCCUCGGAGGCCUAUUGCGUGGAAAUUCUGAUGUCGAGUAUUGGAAUCAUAUAUUGAAGAGUGAGGUAUGGAAAUUCUCCAAUGACAAGAUAAAAGUUGUUCCGGCUUUAAGAAUCAGUUAUUACUAUCUUCCUUCAUGUCUGAAAGAGUGCUUUGUUUAUUGCUCGUUGUAUCCGAAGGAUUAUGAAUUUGAUAAAGAUAAGCUCAUGUUGUUGUGGAUGGCUCAGAAUUUUUUACAACCAACUGGGAGAAACACUUUAGAAGAAGUUGGUGAUGAAUAUUUCGAUGAAUUAGUUGCGCGAUCGUUUUUGCAACCUCAUAGUAUUGAGAAAAAUAAAUUUGUGAUGCAUGAUCUCGUACAUGAUUUGGCAAUGAUGUUUGCGGGAGAAUUCUAUUUUAGAGCGGAAGAGCUUCAGAAUGCAAGUGAGGUUGGUAUUAAAACUCGUCAUUUAUCCCAUAAUGCUAAAGGCAAUUAUCCAAUCUCAAAACUUUUGGGAGUUUGUGACAGAAUAAAACAUACAAGGACAUUUCUUGAAAUCAACUUGAACGAGUGGAUUGCAUUCAACAUGGAAAACGCACCUUGCAUCUUGUUGUCACAUUUGAAGUACCUGAGAGCCUUGUCGUUCAAAGGCUUUCCUCUUGAGUCAGUACCUGAUUCAAUAGGCGAGUUGAUUCAUUUGCGUUACUUGGAUCUGUCCGAGACCUACAUUGUUACAUUGCCAGAGUCAUUGGGUAACCUGUAUAACUUGCAGACCUUGAAGUUGUGUUGGUGUAGAAAUCUGAAAAUGCUACCUGUUUGCAUGAAAGACCUUGUCAAUUUGCGCCAUCUUGAUAUUAGAGAAACUCGUGUGCACGUGAUGCCGAAAGGCAUGAGCCAGUUGAAAAAUUUGCAGUUUUUAAGCAAUUAUGUUGUUGGGAAGCGUGAAGAGAACAAGAUGACAGAAUUGGGAGCACUUGCAGAUCUACAGCAAUCUAUUUCCAUUGCCGGUUUGGAGAAUGUGGUGAACAGCAGUGAAGCUUGGAUGGCAAGAAUGUUUGAUAAGGAUGGCAUUUGUUCUCUGAAGUUGAGUUGGUUGCCAGAUGAAGAUGAGAAUAUAGUUGAUUCCCAAACAGAAAGAGAUAUACUCGACAAGUUACAACCUCACACUAAUUUGAAAGAACUAGAAAUCCGGGGUUACAGGGGUACAACAUUUUCAGAUUGGUUGGGAAGUUCUUCCUACCGCAACAUCACAUAUGUAUGGCUGGAUGGUUGCAGGAAUUGUUGUAUGCUUCCUUCACUUGGACAAUUGCCCUCUUUGAAGCACCUUACAAUUUUAAAUUUUGAAAGUGUGGAAAUUGUGGGUGCUGAGUUUUACUUUUACCAGAACGAUGAAUCUUGUUUGGAGACUCCAUUUUCAAAGCUUGAAAGUCUUUCGUUUUCAUCAAUGCCUUGCUGGAAGGAGUGGCGUUCAAUGGAGUUCAAUGCAUUUCCUCGACUUAGGGAGCUUUACAUAAGGAAGUGUCCCGUGUUGAGAGGAGAUUUGCCAAAUAACCUUCCAUCUCUGCAAUCACUUAAGAUUGAGGAGUGCGAUGAGCUGAGUUGUUGUGUUCCAAGGGCACCUGCGAUUACCAGUCUUUCAAUUUCAGGAAAGCAUCAGGUGGGGUCCGUGGUGGAGGCCAUUACCAACACGCAACUGACUUGCCUCACUUCUUUAUCCAUCUCAGGUUGUUCCUCCCACAUAUGGUUUCCUGUGAGUGCUAUUCCCCCAUCACUACAAGACUUGACGAUAUUCGAUUGCAGAAAAUUAGAAUUCGAAAUGGAUGGCCAACACCACUCACUUCAGGAACUAUACAUACGUAGCAGCUGUGAUUCACUUGCGUCCUUCUCCUUGUUGGAUUCCUUUCCGAAUCUCGUGCGUGUUGACAUCAAGUACUGUGGAAACAUGGAGUCUAUUGUGGUGUCACGCUCUCUUUCAGGUCUCCGUUAUUUAUGGAUCAAGCAUUGUGGGAGUUUGAAAUCCGUGUCGACGAUAUGGAUGGCAGCACCUCAGCUAGAGCGUCUCUCAUUAGUGGGUUGCCCAGAGAUCGAUUUGUGUGCUCCAGGGGUUCCACACCGUAGCCUCAGAUAUCUUUUCAUCAGCUACUGCGAGAAACUAGUGAGCACUGCAGUAUUCAUGAAUUCACAAUUUCAAGGGCUUAUUGAUCUUUGGAUUGAAGGUGAAUGUGAGAGUGUGAAGUGUCUCCCAAAGGAAGGUUGGUUGCCUGCCUCCCUUCAGUCUCUCACACUGGAAGGCAUUAAAAGUGUGGAGACGUUGGAAUGCAACGGACUUGCCCACCUCACCUCCCUCCAUGAAUUAUCUAUUUAUGGUUGUCCCAAGUUGGAGAAUAUGGAGGGUGAAAAGCUGCCUGCCUCUUUAAAACAACUCCGCAUCAGUCAUACCCCUUUGCUGGGUAAACGGUGCGAGAUGAAGGACCCACAGCUUUGGCCCAAAAUCUCCCACAUCCCCGCCAUUCAAGUUGAUAACACAUGGAUUUGGUAAACCAACUUCAACAGUACUCUUACAUGCUUUGAUACUUGCUUCAGACCCUUUGGCAUGGGAGUUGGGACAUGUUGAAAUUAGGUUCUUCUUCCAACCUUGAUUUAAUAUUCCUUUUGAAUACUCAGAAAGAAUGCUGUAUCUUACAGUGCUUCAUAUGUUGCAUACCAUCAACUAUGCAGCAAAGUAUCGUAUAUUAUUUUGAUUUAAUAUUUGUUCUCUUUUCUUUCGUUUUAUUGUUGGUGGAUUCCUCAAUAAGAGAAUGACGUUAGUGGUAAUUGAAAAAACUUAGAAUCUUAUAUGAUUGGCUCUAAAUUCUUUUAUAUUUCGUUGAAGUGUGCUAUUUCUUUGAGCCUUUUUUACCAAAAGAAAGUUCAUGCAAGAUAGUUGAUUUAUCUAAACAAAAUUUACCAUAGUUUAUGGUUGAAAAAUGAAUUGUGCUUUUGUUUCUCUGAUAUGUAGAUAAAGUGCAGAUAUAAUCUAACUCCUCAUUGCUGUUAGUGCUGUUAAUUCAUUGCACCAUUCCUUACAUGCACGGUUUCUAUUCUCAUGUAGUUUUUGUUUGGAGCUAGAGAGUACUUCUUGUGUGCCAGAUGUAAGGGUGGUAUUUUCAGUGGUGUUAUGAACUAUUAAACACCUGAAUUGCAUUACUUCUUUCAUGUAUUUCUUUUUUUUUCCCCAACUUUUGCUGCUGACAACUUAUACAUUGAAGUUUAUUAUAACAUUGACUGCUUUUUCUUUUGUUCUGUUGAUAAGAUGAUGAAAUCUACCGUGGGGGAAGUGUACAGUAUACCCUUGAAGGACACAGCUCAUAUGGGAAACAGUUCAAUAUUCACUUAUCCAAAGGCAGAACUGAGAUUGAGGCUGCUGAUAGCCAAAGAAGGGAGUGCUCUGAUAUAGGCAUCGCAAUUGGUGCAACAAUUUGAAGUUCUUUAUGAGGUUCAAGAUCCUUGAGAAUGCCAAACGGACACGACACUCUCAAGGAGAAUAGAAGUCGCGCUGCUACUCCUUCUAAAGAAGUGGCUAGGAAUCAGUAAAGAAACUUAGAUCUCCAUUUGAUCUGAGUUUGAAUUACAAACAUUGUUCACUCACUGUUUGUGGUGUAUGCUUUCCUUUCCUUUAAGUACUUCAUAGUUCUUAUGUUAGUAAGUAAUGCGUGAUUAGUUGUAACAUGGAAAGGGAUAACUUAGUUGUAAUUGAAGAAGAGAGUAUUCAAUAAAUAGUAGAUAUUUUUGGCCCCAGUCCUAUUCCCUGAUGGCAAUGCCGAAGGGGGAUAGAGGCUGGUCCCUAACCAGGCACUUGAUGGCUAUGCCGGAGAGUCCUUGGUUGGGGGGUUAUUUUUAAAAAAAAGAAUAAAAGGUGUAAGAUGGAAAGAUGUUUAUGGUUAACAAGAAGUCAAGAAUGAAGAAUUACUUCUUCCAGUGGCUUAAUUGUGGUUUA